AUGUACCUUAGGUUGAAGUCGAAUACACUACAAAACUGCAAUUUCAACAAACAAAAGACGCCAUUCCCAAGUCGAGGCUUCUGGUCGCCCUUGUUCCAUUUGGCUGCGAUAACCCUAUCUCCGAUGCCCCGCCUCGACUUGGCUCGUCUUGACACCUCCAUAACGGACUUCAACAUCAGCCCGAUACACCCCAUCCAUCCAUCGGCACGAGGCCGAUAUAAUAUCAAGAUGGUGCGAUUCUCGGUUAUGUUUCCGUGCUAUUGACCUGGUUGCCGACAAAGAUGAUUC